UCAAUUGAAAGUUUCAAGAAGUUCAAACGCAUUUUUACUUUUGGACGAAUUUGAUCAUUAUCUUAAACUUUUCUUGAUAAUGGAGAUUGUACUAUGCAAUACCCACGGCAGCACAUGCAUGCUGAAGACGGGAGUGAAAGAAGGGCCAAAUAAGGGUAAAAGCUUCUACUUGUGCGGGGAGCGUCAACAGGGGUCUCCCUGUGAUUUCACCAAAGUGGCAGGGAUCCCGGCCUCACACUGCCUGCUUCAUGAGGAUUCUAUGGUGGAACUCCAGACUCUCAUCCGCAGUCAGCAGCAGCAGGGCUACAGGUUGUACUACCGGUGUGUUUUGGGGAAGAACGCAGGUCAGAGGUGGUGUGGCAAUGUUCCCUGGACAGCGCCAGAGGCAGAGAAACGCAGCCCACUCUCUGACAGACAGCUGCAGCCCUCCAGCCUGCCCCCAGAGAGAAAUCCAUUCAAGGCCCCAGGCAAGACUGACCAGACGUCAGAGUGGAAGAGACUCCAAGAUGGGGGGAGACUGGAGGAUGAGAGCAACGGAAAGAAUGAGAAAGGUGGAGAGAAGGAGAGGCUUCACAAGAGUGUAGGUAAAGAAAGCGAACGCGGUCGAGGUACGGAGGAGGAGGAGAGGGGGAUGUCAAGUCCCUCGGAGUCUUGGAGAGACAAACAGCUUCCAGCAGGGAUGAAGAUAAAGAAGAGAGUAUCAGGCGAGGAGAAUAAGGAAUGUUCUGAAACAUCACCUGAGGAAAAGGAAAAGACUGUCAAGGAGAUGAAAGACAAAAACAAGAACUCAAACAAAGACAGCCAGAGAGAGGCUGAGAAAAGCAACAACUCUAGCCCGAUUCCCCAGAAUACAGAGGACCCACACAAAGCCUCAAAGGGUCGUCAUGGAUACUACCCACGAGAGCCACCAACCAAUAGCCUAAAAGAGUCUGGAAAGCAUGCUGGGAAAAAGCCAAGCACAGAUGGGAAGAAGAGCAACCCCUCCAACCCAAAUGGCACUACCUCUAAAGACGCCCAAGCACAUAAGAGCACAGAGAAGACCAAAACCCCAAUCCCACAAUCUGAUAAACCAGCGCAGCGACUUUCCACUCCAACAACUGAACAGGAUAAGGAGGCAGAGAAAAUGACUGCUUCAUCAUCACAGCAGAACCAGGACAAAUCCCAUUGUGGGAACCAAUUUGGAGAGUGGCGUUGUGAUGAAGAUGAUGAUGAUGUCCAGUUUGUGUCAGUUCAGCCAGGUACACAGACGACGACUCAAGUACCAGUGCCCCUGGUCCAGAAAGCCCUGACAUCCUUCCCAGGGUUCCAGCCUGCCUCUCAGGUCAAAGGUCAGCGGGAGGACCCCAGGGCCCUGCACAGCCAGCUCACUGCUCAGCUCAAACAGAAGAAGGCCACUCUGUCGGUGGUGAAUAUGUCUGCUCUGCCCGAUAAAGGGGAGAGGUUGAAGAGUCAGGUCAAAGACCUGGAGGAGGCUCUGGAGUCUCUCUGCCUCACCACUUCCACUGAGCCAGAGCCUCAGGGUGACGAAGGUAAUGCCAAACCGAAACCCACUCCCAGCCAGUACAACCCAUUUAGCUGCCCGGGAGGCACUGUCCUACUGCCCAUUGCUCCUGCCCCCCUCCAGUACCAGGCCUCCACCAGCUCAAUGGGGCUGCAGCUCAGCCAGGGAUACACUCAGAUGUAUGGAGUGAACCCCCAGAGCCAAGCGUUCUAUGGAGGCAGGAUGACAGACAACCGUCUGCUAGCGGUGAAGAACGCCACCUCUGAGGCCAUUGACCACCUCCACAGCUCCCUGGAGUCCUGCCCCGACCCCAAUGCUGAGGUUACGGACCCGAAAGGCAUCAAGGUGCCUCUACUGGCCCAUCAGAGACGAGCUCUGGCCUGGCUGCUGUGGAGAGAGACCCAGAAACCCUGUGGAGGGAUCCUGGCUGAUGACAUGGGCCUGGGGAAAACCCUCACCAUGAUCGCUCUCAUUCUGGCCCAGAAGAAGAAGCAAAAGGAGGAGGAGAAAGACACUAAAUUGGAAGGCUGGAUCUCCAAAAAUGACUCUAGCCUGGUAGUGUCUCAGGGCACUUUGAUCAUCUGCCCUGCCUCUUUGGUUCAUCACUGGAAGAAGGAGAUCGAGAGACACGUCAAGAGCAGCCGACUCAGUAUCUACCUGUACCACGGGCCCAACCGCCAGAAGAACGCCAAAGUUCUGGCUGAGCAGGAUGUGGUGGUGACCACCUACAGCCUUGUCUCCAAGGAGAUCCCAGUCCCGAAGGACGACGCAGAGAAACCUAGCAAGGACCCUGAGGAUGUGCCGUCAGCCCUCCCUCCUCUGCUGCGGGUGGCCUGGGCCCGCAUUGUGCUGGACGAGGCCCACAACAUCAAGAAUCCCAAGGUGCAGACCUCCUUGGCUGUGUGUAAGCUGAGGGCCAAGGCCAGGUGGGCUGUUACCGGGACCCCCAUCCAGAACAACCUACUGGAUAUGUACGCCCUGCUCAAGUUUCUGCGCUGCGCCCCAUUUGAUGAGUUCAAGCUUUGGAAAACCCAGGUAGACAACGGCUCUAAGAGAGGAGGAGAGCGACUUAACAUUCUGACCAGAACUCUGCUGCUCCGACGCACCAAAGACCAGAUGGACUCUACCGGAAAACCUCUGGUGAAUCUGCCAGAUCGGACCUGUGAGGUGCAUCGCCUGAAGCUGUCUGAAGAGGAGCAGUCUGUUUACGAUGUGGUGUUUGCACAGUCCAGGUCCACUCUGCAGAACUAUCUGAAGAGACAUGAGGGAGACAAUGGUAAAAAGGGAGACAACUCCAAUCCCUUCGACAAGGAGGCGUGUGAAUUUGGACAGGAUACCAAUGUGACACCUUGGUGUCUGUCUCUCCCCCCCCCCCCAGUGGCUCGUGAGUUUGGAGUGUCCCAGGCGGACUCUGUGUCCUCCUCCCAGCAGACCCAGGGCCCCACCAGCACUGUUCACAUCCUGUCUCUAUUGCUCCGACUCAGACAGAGCUGCUGCCAUCUGUCUCUGUUGAAGAAGACCCUGGAUCCGUCUGAGCUGCAGGGGGAUGGGAUCUCUCUCUCCCUUGAGGAGCAGCUCAAUGCCCUGUGCCUCUCCUCCGAGCCCUCGGGCCCCGACCCCAAAGCCACCGUGUCCCUCAAUGGGAGCCGAUUCGCCUCCGAUCUCUUUGAGGACACCCACGAGAGCACCAAGAUCGCUGCCAUUCUCACAGAGCUGAAGGAUAUCAGGCAGCAGAGUGAGGCUCAGAAAAGUGUGAUAGUGUCCCAGUGGACCAGCAUGCUUCACAUCGUGGCCGUUCACCUGAGGAGAAUGGGCCUGAGCUUUGCUGUCAUCGACGGCACUGUCAACCCCAAACGCCGCAUGGACCUGGUCGAAGAGUUCAACACCAACCCUAAAGGACCACAGGUGAUGCUUGUGUCUCUGUGUGCUGGAGGAGUGGGCAUUAACCUUAUUGGAGGGAAUCACCUCUUCCUCAUGGACAUGCACUGGAACCCAGCUCUAGAGGACCAGGCCUGUGACCGCAUCUACAGAGUGGGUCAGCACCGAGACGUCACUAUCCACAGGUUUGUGUGUGAGGGCACAGUGGAGGAUAAGAUCUCCAUUCUGCAGGAGAAAAAGAAGGAUCUCGCACAGAAGGUGCUGUCAGGGACUGGAGCCUCCUUCACCAAGCUCUCCCUGGCUGACCUCAGGGUCAUCUUUGGGGUCUGACGACCAGGAAGUAAGGGUGGUGGGGGCAGCCAGACUGAGGACCAGGUAGUAGCGGGGCCAGCCAUACUUAAACAAUUAGGUUUGCUAGAUUUAUGUUGUGUAUGAAUCUGGUUGAUAACCCCCUUUGCUCUUGUUGGUUACUGCGCACAACAGUACAUAUUGGCACAUAGUGUGGCUAAUGUUGUUGGCACUACUUUGCUGUUAUGCGCUUGAAUGCUUUGCUGCUACUUUUCUCCAUAUGGUCUUCUGGCAGGUUGCAGAGCCUCAGGCCUACUAGCUGUGUACUGUUGUAUUUCCCAUAUCCAGCACUCUGUUUCACACUCUGUAUUCCAUGUGUUACGACAACGACCGUGUUUCUCCUGGUCAGGUCACAUGGUCUUUUCAUUGAAUACAUUUUAAGUGUAAUUUAUAAGACUGACUUAUCUCUGCUGGGUCAUGUUAUUUCUAAUCCUUUACGAGGUAAAUACUUUUACCUCUUAUGCUGUGUUUGAUUAUUAGGUCUUCCUCAAGGCUGUUGGAUGUUUUUUAAUAAAAUAUGAUUUAUUACAGUUGAUCAAACCGCUUAUUCUGAGAAUGAAAAGUUGCAUGAAUUCCAUAAGAACAAUCACUGCAGUGGGUGAAAAUAUGUUUAGAUUUUGGAUUAAUAAUGAAAUCUACAUGAACAAAGAGUUGCUGUUUAACAGAAAGCAUCCUAAAUGACCCAGGGUCUUCAUAAGUGGUUAAGAGAAUAAUUUAAAGUGGCAAAUAGCAGAUAAUGAUCCAUCUGACCGUUGAUAACCCAGUAUUGUUAUGAGUAAUAAAGACUACAAUCAUGAAUCAUACAAUGUACAGCCAGAUGUAUUACUAAAAUGGGUGUUACGUUGUUUGUGAAAUUAUUCUGGUUAAAACCAUACCCAGUUCAGAGUUUUUCAAACGUGAGAUGAUGGAAUGAUUGUCCCACUGAGAGAAAGUCUCUAAACCACCAGUCACAUGGUUUAGAAUAAAACAGGCAAGUACAUACAGGGGAAGGGUUAUGGAGUAAUGUUAACACCAAUAUAAAUAUACACAUUGCUGAAGCUAAAAUGUUCAGUAGCAUUAGGCUACAGGCAAUAUUAAUCAAUGUGCUGAUGUUAAGCUGUGUAGAUUCUUAUGCUUAAUUUUAGGAGUUGCCUUUUUCUAUGGAGGCUGCUGACGGAUAUUGUUAAUGCUCAACCACUUUGCAAAAUCAGUGGUUAUUCACAACCAAUCUCUUCCACUGGCAAAAACAUUUUGUAAGGAAACUUGAUAUGCUAAUAAUGUAAUUGACUUUAAUAUAUCCUUGUGAUGAGAAAACAUUCCUCUUCUGACCUUUCAGUAGAGGAGUCUUCCGGAGGUUCUGUCCCAUCAUAAUAGUUCUCCUGAUCAGUCGAAUGUUUAUUCAUCUGAACAUCCAUGUUGAUCUUGAUGCUCCAAGCCUCCAAUCUGAGGUCCUCCAUUAAUGCUUUCUUCACUCUGAGGUUGUCCACUUUGAGGUCGUCCACUCUGUGUGUGUGUGUGUGUGGGCGACAUUAGGCUGUGAGCGUUCUGAUUCUAGUUUAUGCAUUGCUCUCUCCUCUUCCUCCUUUGUCUUUUUGUCUUCAGCCUUUUCAUAGUACACAUCAUACAGAUAUUCCCAAUAUGACUUGCCUCUGGAUGUUCCACAAACCCACAGAGCCAAGAUAAGUGUCAAUCCUAAUGUCUGAAAGUAAUGAGGAUAUUUGUGAUUAGAAAAUUAUUUCCCAUAUUAAGUACAUUAAUUAAAUAGGUUACUUACCCGAGAACACAUAACUUGGAGAUGGAAUGUUGCUGCUUCAGUUGUCUAGUCUUUUUGAUCUUUGCAUGAUAGUUGCUCUUUGGGGUUUGUGGAUCGGAGACACACAAACCAGUCUCCAUCAAUGAGCGCUGUUAUUACCCAUAAAAGUCCAGCUGAAAAUGACCUCAAGGAAAAACAUGCAACAAUGAACAAAACUGCAUUCCCCCUACAGAUUUUCAUGCACUGUGGGUCCAUCAUCAUCAGGACAAAACACAGUAUAAGGCAAGGCCACGCCAUAUAAACUAUGCAAGCUAUUUUGUUAUAAUACGGCUGACAAGGACAGGUGAAGUCCAGUUUGAAAAUGUACUGGAAAAUUAUGAAAAAGGCAACAAUGGCAAAAGCACUGUAGCCUGUAGCAAACAACUUCAUCAAGAAUUCAGAGUUUAGGUCUGGGUGAUUGGUAUGUGCUGGCAUAUCAGCUCAAAUAAGAACACCUCCCCUUGGUCAAAAUGAUGUAUGGAGUGGUGCUCUGUGAUUGUAUCAUGUGCUGGUUGUCUUUUUAUAACGAUCUUAAAAAGGUGGUGUUACUGAGGUCAUAUUUCCCCUUAUGGAAACUGCCCUAAGACAUUUUGAUACAGCCCACAGGUUUCACCUACUUGUUGCCAGUAGUAUGCAUUAUUUUCACCUGAAGUAUGUUUGUUAGUGUGCAUCCCAUCCAGAUUCAUUUCAAUGUUUUUUUGUUUUUACAGAGCAACACUGUUUUACUUUCUUUUUGAAUGCUUGAUUAACUUGUCUCUGUUUUUCUAGUGAAAUAUUACAUCACACAACAAAUGGCCAAUCCCAACUAACUGCAGUUGAGAACAUUAAAAGUACAUACCCUAUGCAUAGUGCAAGUGA